AGUGGUUAGCACACAGGCCUCACAGCUAGGAGACCCAAGUUCAAUUCCACACUCGGCCAUCGCUGUGUGGAGUUUGCAUGUUCUCCCCGUGCAUGCGUGGGUUUUCUCCGGGUACUCCCAUUUCCUCCCACAUUCCAAAAACAUGCUAGGUUAAUUAGCCACUCCAAUUUAUCCAUAGGUAUGAAUGUGAGUGUGAAUGGUUGUUUGUCUAUAUGUGCCCUGGGAUUGGGUGUUGAAUUGGGUGUUGAAUAGCUUGGUGGACUGGAAAAAAGAGCAGAAAUGCUCCCUCCUCCUCCUGGUCCUCUUCGGCAAGCAGCGAGCAGGUACGACUCUCUCUUUUGUGAAUGGUGGGCCUGGUCAUGUGACGCAGCAGCAGCAGCCACCCAUCCAAAACACAGCGUCGUCAUUAAAAUGGUGUCGGGUUUUAGUGGAGGAGAGAACGGGAAGCAGGGAUCACCUUGAGGCCUCUGAGAGAUGCUCAUUCUCAGUCCGAUAGAGGCAAGAUGAACACACAUCCUGAAGAUAAAAGUGUGUGAAGUACCUUCUGGAAGGCUUCUACCAGAGUAUGGAGAAAUGGACGGCCUCACGGACAACAGAGUUUCCCCUCCCGGAUCCUUGAAGGUGAGCCCACCUGGGGGAGGCGCAGGAGUGUCGUCCUCGCACCGUAAAAGGCGUACGCUGGUUGCCCCGGAGAUGAACCUGUCCCUGGAUAAAAGCGAGGGUUCUCUGCUGUCUGAUGACUUCCUGGAUACACCCGAUGACCUGGACAUCAACGUAGACGACAUGGACACUCCGGAUGAGACAGACUCGCUGGAGUUCAUCACCAAUGGCAACGAUCUGGAAUGGGAAGAUGAUGCCCCGGUGGCAUCGGCUAAGGCAGGUCCGACCGGCGGCUCAGGGGUCGUGGACAAGGAGGGAAACACCAACAACUCCCGCCUGUGGAGGACGGUGAUCAUUGGGGAACAGGAGCACCGCAUCGACAUGCAGAUCAUCCGACCGUACCAGAGAGUCAUCACACAUGGAGGUUACUUUGGUGAGGGCCUCAACGCCAUCAUUGUGUUCUCUGCCAGCUACCUGCCUGACAGCAGCAUUCCAGACUACCACUACAUCAUGGAAAACCUCUUCCUGUACGUGGUGAGCAGCCUGGAGAUGCUGGUCGCCGAAGACUACCUGAUCAUCUACAUGAACGGAGCCACGCCCAGGAGUAAGAUGCCCGGCAUUAGCUGGCUGAAGAAAUGCUACCAGAUGAUCGACAGAAGAUUGAGGAAGAACUUGAAGUCUCUGGUCAUUGCUCAUCCUACUUGGUUCAUACGAACGGUCCUGGCGAUAUCCAGGCCCUUCAUCAGUGUGAAGUUCAUGAAUAAGAUCCAGUACGUCCACAGCCUGGAUGAACUGGCCCAGUUGGUCCCGAUGGAGCACGUCCACGUCCCUGAAUGUGUAGUGCACUUUGAUGAGGAGAGGAUUACAGCCAGGAAGGAAAGGAUGGCACAAGAGCAGAAGCAGCAGUCAGUCUCACAGGAACCAAUCAACAAAUCCGAAAGGCCAAAGUCAACGAUCGUAGAGCAAGGAUUAUAAAAAGGGAGGAACUCUCCAACUCAAGUGUCCCAAGUAGCACGAAUUGACUCAUUUCAAGCUGAACAAGGCGGCAAAUCCACCUUCUCUACCCGUGCUUCCUUGUCUGGUCACCAUGCAGACGCUCAUCUUUGCCCUCUUUCACCACAGGGGUUCACACAUUGUAGCAUUUGCAGAGAAGCCUUUCUUUGGAACUUACCGGUGAACACCUGAAGACUGGAAGCCUUUGCUCUUUGGAAGAUGGAAACUCCACAAAGGAAUGUUGCCAGGUGGAACCACAGACGUGUGAUGCAAGACAGACAGUCGAGAAAGAGGCUUUAUGUACUUUGAUGUAAAUAGCAGUGUUCUUAUUUAGCGCCAUACUGUUGGAAAAGUAAUGCCUUGAGAUUUAUUCAUUUGCACUAAGACUGCUUUUAAUCUCUCACAUGUAGCACGUGUCGCCAUUGUUCUCAUUGACUGUAAAACGCAGAAACAUCUUCCUACGUGGGAGACGUUCAUAAAAAAAGGGAACCAGUGCAAACCUA